CUUUAUAGUCCUGAGAGUUGAACACUGGAUGACUGACAGCCGUCCUUCAUGACAACAGAAGCCACAGAAAUCCUCCUCAUCAAAAACAUGACUUUGAUCUGCGUCCUUAUCUGGACUCUCCUCUGCUGCUGCUUCACAGAGUCCAGAGGCCAGGUCACAGUGACUCAGUCUGGAGCAGUGAGCUCUGCUCCGGGAGGCUCCGUCACCAUCACAUGUAGCACCAGUCAGGGGGUUCAUGGUGGGACUUAUUUAGCCUGGUACCAACAGAGAGAUGGAGGAACUCCUAAACUGCUUAUUUACCUUGCUAGUACUCGAGAAUCAGGGAUUCCAGCCCGUUUUACAGGCAGUGGAUCAAACUCUGACUUCACUCUGACCAUCAGUGGAGUCCAGACUGAAGAUGCAGCAGUUUACUUCUGUCAGAGUUUUCAUGUCAUCAACAGUCAGUAUGUGUUCACUUUUGGUGGAGGAACCAGACUGGAUGUUGGAAGUGAUGUCCGUCCCACCCUGAUGGUGCUGCCCCCCUCCGGAGAAGAGCUGCAGCAGGGGAUGGCCACGCUCAUGUGCCUGGCCAACAAGGGCUUCCCCUCAGACUGGAGUCUGGCCUGGAAGGUGGACGGCAGCAGCAGCAUCAGCUGGGAGAAGAGCAGCAGCCCCGGGGUGCUGGAGAAGGACGGCCACUACAGCUGGAGCAGCACCCUGAGGCUCCCUGCAGACCAGUGGAGGAAGGUGGGCUCUGUGACCUGUGAGGCCACCCAGGGCUCCCAGACUGUGUUCUCAGAGACACUGAGGAGAGACCAGUGCUCCCAGUCCUGACCGGACUCACUGGGACUCUGCUACUGGUGUUACUCUGAUACUGCUCUCAGUCUGCACUCUGUUAUACUCUCUCUCUUUCUUUCCGUCAUCUGACUAUUUGAACAUAAUAAACUUCAAAUAGAUCUUUUUUUGUUCUAAUAAUAUGUAUGCCAUUAAUGCUGUAAGACAAUAAAGCAAAUUCAAAUAAGAAAUAUGUUUGUAUCGAAACCUUUUCCUGCGCCCGUGUGUUUAGAGAUACAAGAUUUUAACCCAUGUCACAGUAAGAUUUUGGUGGUGAUGGUUUUAUUAAUAAAUGUUUUAAUCAUC